CCGGGGUGCUGUGACGUCAUGAGCCGCAUGACGCAAAGCUGACGGGCUCAUUAGGAAAUAGAAGCCAAUCAGCAGGAGGGGGCGGGGCAAAGCUCCACGUCGCCUGUCAGAGGUCUGUUCCGUACACACAGACCAUGGCUGGCAGGAGCGCGGUGCUGCUGGCGGGCUGUACGUGUAUGGCGGCGGCUCUGCUGCUGUCUGGCGCUGGCCCCGCGUGUCUUCUCUCCGCCCUGGCUCUGGUGGUCGCGCUGGUGUGCGGUAGCGGCAUCCCCGCGAGCCCGUCCCAUGUGUGUGUGCUGGUCCUGGGAGACCUGGGCCGCAGCCCGCGGAUGACGUAUCACGCCUUGUCGUUGGUUAGGAACGGGUUCAGUGUGACCCUCGCCGGCUUCCGUGAAACUGAGCCGCACAAAGAUGUCGUGGACCAUCCGAAAAUAAAAAUCCAUCAGCUUUCUGACUUCAGGGCGCUAAAAGUUGGACCGAGAGUCCUUAGGUAUGUCCUAAAGGUUACUGUGCAGGCUUUUCAGCUCUUCUGGGAACUGCUGAAGAUUGAUCCUCCAUCCUUUAUCCUUCUUCAGAAUCCUCCUGGUUUACCUGCCAUAGCAGUGACGUGGUUCUUUUGUCUUCUGAGAAGAUGUCAACUGAUAAUUGAUUGGCAUAACUAUGGGUACACUAUUAUGGGUCUGACGAAUGGACCUAGUCAUCCAGUUGUACGCGUUGCAAAAUGGUAUGAAAAAAUAUUUGGCCGACUGUCAAAUUACAAUUUCUGUGUAACAAAUGCCAUGAAGGAAGACUUGCUACAUAACUGGAAAAUAAAAUCCAUCACUCUCUAUGAUAAGCCAGCAUCAAUAUUUAAGGAGACACCAGUGGAGCUCCAGCAUCAGCUAUUCAUGAAGCUUGCAGUGGACUAUGCUGCUUUCAAAGCUAGAUCAGAAUGUACAGAAUUCCACAUAGAAAGAUCUGCAUUCACAGAAAAAAACCUUACAACUGGUGCUGUGACCUAUCAUGAGGGAAGACCUGCCUUACUGAUCAGUAGUACAAGCUGGACUGAGGAUGAAGACUUCAGUGUAUUGUUAUCUGCACUGCAAGAUUAUGAUACGUCUAUUACAAAUGGGUUCAAGCUUCCCUGUUUAGUCUGUGCUAUAACAGGUAAGGGGCCCCUGAAGGAAUAUUACUGUAAGUUGAUUGCAGAGUUGCAGCUUAAGAACAUCCAGAUCUGCACGCCUUGGUUGGAAGCGGAAGACUAUCCUGUCUUACUUGGAUCUGCUGACCUAGGAGUCUGUCUUCACAAGUCAUCUAGUGGUUUGGAUCUUCCCAUGAAAGUUGUUGAUAUGUUCGGCUGCUAUCUUCCUGUGUGUGCUGUAAAAUUUGAAUGCUUACAUGAACUUGUAAAACACAAUGAAAAUGGUCUGAUAUUUGAAGAUUCCAAAGAGCUUGCUGCGCAGCUAAAGAUGUUAUUUAUGGACUUUACAAGAAAUUCAAGCAGACUGAAACAGUUUCGAAAAAAUCUUCACGAAUCCAAACAAAUGAGAUGGGAUGAAAGUUGGGAUCAGACUGUCCUGCCGAUAUUUAGGGACAACUGCAAAACAUAACGGCAGAAGUACAGGAGGAAACCUUUACCUCCUCAUCAUACUGGAGUCAUCGGGAUACAUGAAGCUGAAAAACAUUUGAAUGGACAGAAAAAGGCCCUGGUCAGAAGUUUUUGCUAGUGGAAUUUGGUGUGGAUGCCUUUGCCAAAAAGCCACUGGCAGCAGAGCUGAAUCUACCUCCCAUGUUUUAAUAGAAGGCCAUGUUGCACUUCAUGCGGCUGUGGUUUAAAGUCCGAACCGCACCUACUCAGGUCAUGUUCUUUCUCAGCGCAGUGUCCAGAUGGAUGUCUGUGGCACCAGCGGUCGGUGUCUGCUUGUGGUUUAGCGCCAUUCAACAGGCCUAAGCUGCAGCAGAUUUUGUUUCUUUAAGCACUAAGUCCCAGAUCUUGAGGUGUCACACAUUCCAAAGAUACAUUUACACCCUGUUACAUAGAUCACAAUGAAAAGGACCAAAGUGCACUCUGAUGUACUGUAGGCCGUCUGCGUAUGAGCAAUCACACUUCCAUGUGGACCUGCGCCUGGCUCCGGUAUACAGCUUCAGAAUUGGUUGAGUGGGUUUGCUCAUCAGGUAGUGAUGAUGUCAGAUUGGCCUGUAAAUAUUAAAGAUUGUUCUGGGGAAUA